UCUCAGUCGCUCUAGCAGCUUAUACUUUGCUUUCGAAUCGCAGCCUCCACACGCAGUCCAGUAUGCCAAGCUUCAAGUUCGGCCCUGCGGGUGAUCUCUCCGACUCCAGCUCCGAUGCUAGCGGUCCAUCGUCGACUGCCGCGUCCUCUGUCGAUGGUGACAUGGAGGAGCACCAGCUAUUGGUUCAUCAGGUUCUCGACAACCGAGGCGCCGAUGACCAUGAGAUCAAAACGUCCCCGAUCUUCACCCGGGACGCAUACGCUCAAAGUGGCGGCCCCGACUGCUUCCCGCAGCGGGGUCUCCUGGGUUCUGUCGUCGAAAUCCACGACAGCUCCGGACCUUGCAUCAAGGACCAGCCUGAUGACAGGCGUAUCUACCUGAACACAAAUGCUCCUUUCUCGGCCCUGGUCUGUGGUGUCCAAGGCUCCGGAAAAUCGCACACCACCUCCGUCAUGCUUGAAGAUAUGUUCGUGCCCGACAACCCCUCAAUUGGUCAACUACAGAAGCCCCUGGCCGGUCUUGUCCUGCACUUUGGCGAGGGCGGCGCGUACUCGCAGCCGUGUGAGGCCGCCUGGGUAGGAGUUACUGACGACAAAUCGAUCAAGCCGCCUCCAGUAGUCGUUUACGUGUCGAAGUCAUCUCUGAACACCAUGAAGAAGGUGUACGCGCGUUUGGGCCCGUCGGUGACGGUGAGGGCGCUCAAGUUCAGCGAGGAAGAGCUCGAUGCACAAGCUUUCCUAUCGAUGAUGGCCAUCGGUGCAUCGGAUCAUGUCCCACUCUACAUGCAGACGAUCCUGUCGAUCCUGCGUGACCUUGGCGAAAGGUACACGUACCAGAACUUCAGAACAAUGCUUGAGCAGAAGAAGGCCAAGUUCAAUCCUGCGCAGCUCUCAGGUCUAGAACAGCGUACGGCCCUACUAGAAUCCUUCCUGGACAAGAAGGUACCAGGAAAGGCUCAUGUAGCGCCUGCGCGGUUUGUGGCGGGGCAGCUCACAAUCAUCGACCUCUCGGAUCCAUUCAUCGAUCCAGCCUCGGCAUGUGGGUUGUUUGAGAUCCUGGUGAGGCUGUUCGUGCGUGCACAGGUGGACACUGGGAAGGUGCUCGUUGUAGACGAGGCACACAAGUACUUGCAGGCAAACAAGACCUCGUCCGGACUGACGAAGGAGCUCCUGUCGCUCAUUCGUCAGCAACGUCACCAAGCAAUGCGCGUGAUCAUCAGCACGCAAGAGCCAACUGUCGUACCUCCCGUGCUGCUCGAACUCUGCGGUGUAGCGAUCUUGCACCGCUUCUCGUCUCCCGCUUGGUGGGAGCACGUCGCGAAGCACGUCUCUGCUGACAUCGACUCGAAGACGGCGUUCGACAUCAUCGUCAAGCUGCAGACUGGCCAGGCGAUGCUGCUUGCUCCCAGCGGGCUUGGGACGUCUCGUGAAUCGUCUGCAAAACCUGCAGACGAUGAGCGACGUGUUCUGCGCCACUUUGGGAGGAAGUGCGUCGUGGUGAAAACGAGACUGCGCAUCACGAAGGACGGGGGCGCGUCGCUGCUAGUCAUUCCGUCUUGAAGUGUUGCAUCCGAGAUCGAGACUCGAGACCAGAGUGCUCUGCCGACGUCCAAUAUUCAGUUCUUGCGCGCGGGUCGGCUGGUGCCAUCCAGCCAUAUGCACCUACAUCUACCGUAUAUAUCAUAGCUUCUUGUCAGACAUUACGGUUACCCUCGUAGUCAUUGCCGUAUGAGACACAUUCGGAACGGCUGUACACUAGGAGAUAAGUGCAUCCUGCCAGUAAAUGUAAGAAAGAGGAUCAACGCAA